GACGCAUUUCCUCUUUCACUUGUUCGUCACCUUCGUUACGAGUAACAUCGUAAUAGUUUAAAGCAAGUUAUAUUUUGAAGUGUAGUGUCCCUGUACAUCUUUAAAAAUGUCAUUCAGAAACAACAUGAAUAACGCAUAUACUCCUCGUGCUUAUGGAAAUAAUAAUGGUUUUAAUAACCGAAAUCAAAACAGCGGUUUUCGUCAAAACGGUUACAAUAACGGUACAAAUGGAGUAAAGAGAUUCGACGAUAACAGGGGCAACAAUUAUGGAUCGAACAAUCGUUCCCCCAUGCAGAAACCAAACUGGGAAGCUGAAAAUUUGACCCCAUUAAAAAACGACUACGUCCCCCAUCCAUCAAUAUCUAAACGUACCUCAUUUGAGGUCGACCAUUAUCGUCGUUCUAAAAUGAUACGUGUAGAAGGCAAAGAUGUUCCUCAUCCUAUUCAGUCUUUCGAUGAAACAAAUUUCGCCGAUUAUUUGAUGGAAAAUAUCAAGAGACAGGGCUAUGAAGAGCCUACUGCUAUCCAAGCCCAAGGGUGGCCGAUCGCCCUUAGUGGAAAAGACCUAGUGGGCAUUGCCCAAACUGGCUCUGGUAAAACUUUGGCUUACAUGCUCCCAGCCAUUAUGCACAUCAAUUCCCAAGAAACUCGUAACGCAGGAGACGGACCAACAGUACUUGUUCUCGCUCCAACCCGAGAACUGGCCCAGCAAAUCCAAAAAAUUGCUAAUGAGUUUGGCACCUCCUCUUACAUUCGUAACACCUGCAUCUUUGGAGGUGCUCCGAAAGGGCCCCAGGCGCGCGAUCUUGAACGUGGCGUCGAAAUUGUCAUCGCAACUCCUGGAAGACUGAUCGACUUUUUGGAGAGAGGAACCACAUCUUUGAAACGAUGCACUUAUCUGGUUCUGGAUGAGGCAGAUAGGAUGCUGGACAUGGGUUUCGAGCCCCAAAUCAGAAAAAUCUUACAACAGGUCCGUCCCGAUCGUCAGACUCUCAUGUGGUCUGCAACAUGGCCCAAGGAAGUCAAAAAACUUGCAUCUGACUUUCUGAGUAACUACAUACACAUAAACGUCGGUUCCAUGGAAUUGAGCGCCAACCAUAAUAUUCUCCAGAUCGUGGACGUCUGCCAAGAACAGGAAAAGGAACAAAAAUUAAACAAUUUACUCCAAGAAGUGGGCUUAAACUGUGAGUCCAAUUCGAAGAUCCUCAUCUUUGUAGAGACCAAGAGAAAAGUUGAGGAUAUUACCAAAAACAUAAGACGUGUGGGAUGGCCAGCUGUUUGUAUGCAUGGUAAUAAAAGUCAGCAGGAACGAGACUACGUCCUAAAGGAGUUCAGAAAUGGAAACAGCAACAUCCUCGUGGCCACGGACGUGGCGGCCCGAGGACUUGAUGUUGACGGUGUCAAAUAUGUCAUAAAUUUUGAUUAUCCUCAUUCAUCUGAGGAUUACAUCCACCGCAUCGGUCGCACUGGCCGAUCGGGCUCCACAGGCACAUCUUAUGCCUUCUUUACACCCUCUAACUACAAGCAGGCCAGAGACUUGGUAGCAGUUCUGAAGGAAGCCAACCAAGUAGUUAACCCGAAAUUAUUAGAAAUGACGAGCCGUUUUGGUAAUAAUACAGGUGGUAAUAAGUUUUCUCGUUGGGGAAAUACCGCUAAGGGAGGUUUUAGAUCCGCUGGACCCCGCACAAACAGCCGAUUCAGUGCCCCUCUUGUGCAAGUAAAUGGAUAUGGUUAUGGAUCAUAAAAUCCUUAUCCAUCCGUCGUGAAUUUUUUUCAUACAAGACAUUUUUUAAUUUAAUAUAUUUAGGAUUCAUUCCGUUUUCUCUCUCGUGUAUAGUUCUUUUUUUUUUUUUAUAAGAAUACUAUUUGUGUUCCGGUUAUAUAUCGCAAGUAAAUGUUGGAUGUUUUUCGUGAAAACAGGGCGAGUUACACGUUUUCGACUUGGAUUUAGUUACAAAGUUUUACUCGCAGUAUUAGAGAUGAAAGACGUGUUUUUUUUUCGUAAUGUGAGCGAUUUCUGAUCUGUGAUUUAAAUUUUUAUAAUGAUUUAGUAUCCGGCGAAUUGCGCUCAUCAAGUUUAGUUAUUAUUGUAGAAAAGAGUAGGUUAAGGGAAAAUCUAUGAUCUAUUUACUUUGUAUCUAUUUAGAAUGUUUUAAAUGUUGUAACAGAAUGUAAUAUUAUGUUCCUUAAACGGUAAAUUAAUAAAACGGUUGAGUUUUA